AUGAACCGCGUGAUCCUUCCAAUGAAGGUUGAGGAAUACCAAGUUGCUCAAUUAUGGACCGUUAUUGAGGCAUCCAAAGAUGAGACUGGCGGCGGUGAUGGCGUCGAAAUCCUUGUAAAUGAACCUUUCGAUAAAAGCAAUAAUCCUCCCGUCCAAGCUCUUCCUGGCGGUGACGCUCACACCAAGGGUCAAUAUACUCAUAAAAUUUAUCACCUCUCCUCCAAAGUACCAAAUUUUAUUCGUGUGGUUGCUCCGGCUGGCUCUUUAAAUGUAACUGAAGUGGCAUGGAACGCCUAUCCGUACUGUAGGACAGUCAUUACUAACGGUUACAUGAAGGAUGACUUCUUCCUUAAAGUGGAGACUAUGCACGUUAACGAUAAGAUCGACAUUGAAAACGUUCAUGAACUGCCUCCAGAUAUGCUUGCCAAACGAGAGGUUAUUUACAUUGAUAUUUCUGAGUAUUGCGACGGCUGUGAUCCUAAGUUUGACCCAAAAACAUUCCAGUCUAAGAAAACUGGACGUGGUCCUCUUGUUGGUCCCAAGUGGUGGGAGAAAACUGACAUGCCCGUUAUGUGCGCCUACAAACUUGUAACGUGCAAUUUUAAAUGGUUUGGUCUUCAAAAUCUUGUUGAAGGUUUUAUUAUGAGAGCUGAGCACAGGCUCUUCCACAAAUUCCAUUGUCAACUUUUCUGCAAUAUUGACAGUUGGCACGAUCUUUCCAUGGAUGAUAUUCGAAGACUGGAAGCUGAAACAAAGGAGGAACUUGAUAAGCAACGAAAAGAAGGUCAACUAAAAGGCACAAUUGAGUCGGCCUAG